AUGGUUACAGUAGAGCCAGGCUUCAAUUCGGAAUUCUACCGCAGGGAUUGCAAUUGGGUUAGUUUCAUCCUUAUAUAGUUUACGCAACGUUAAUAAUGCGAGCUUUUGUUUUUCGUAUCUAAAACAACUACCUAACAUAACAAUCUCACCCAAAAAUGUACAAAUCUUGGUGGCUUACAACGCUUUGUGUCGGUCAUUCCACUGAAACCUUAGCCUGCAGUGCAGGCGUAUUUUGGGUGGGCGAAACCUUGUUCGUGUUCGUAAUAUUGUUGUAGCCGCCAUGUUUGAUUAGGCGAAAGGGCGAAAGAAGGAAAGGAGGCGAGGGGAGGGGGAGGGGAGAAAAAAAAUACGUCUGCACGAUAUCAUUGUUCUUUUGGGAAACUCCGUAGGCUGGCAAACGGAGCUCCUGAUUGGUGCGGCGUAGGGAAGUAGAUUGAUGCCUGUCAAUUAACUGUAAGCUUAUAACAAAUAAGGCAAAGGCAGUCAGAAAACCUUAACCUCGCCGACCCUUACAAUGCACAUAAUGCGUUACUCUUUCAGUUUCGAUAAAGAUGAUUGGUCAUCAGGACAAGAUGUGCUCGUAGUACUAAAACCUACACCACUUUUACCUCAUGCCAAAGUGCUGCUUGUUCCAAUGGUUUUUUUUCUGGCGAGUAGAUUAUGCUCUAGAGGGUUCCAUGUUUUGACUGAGCAAAAGUGAUUUUAGCCGCUUGUUUCACACUGAGAGGUCAUGACACGCUUAUUGAUUUUCUGAGGUUUUUGAAUUUCUGGUCUUCAUGGUUUGCCCUCUGAUGCACAGCGUUUUCUUUGACCUCUUUUGAAGCGUAAAGCUCUUUUUCUCGCUAAAUAAGGCUGUUUGGUUCUUUAUUUUUGUCCAAAGUGCCUCAGGAUCUGACUAACUAAGCUAUUUUCUUUCUAGUCCGAGAAUGUGAUGUUUUCCUGCAAUGUUGUAUCACGCUGGGCCCAGCUCGUUAGUUUUUAAAAUUGUUUGCAAGAUGUUUUGAACUCCCACGGAUUGCGAUUUACAGAGAUGAAUUUAGAAGAAUGAAUUGCAGCUUAAACUGAAGCUUCAUCAGCUGUUACUCAGUCAAGAUAAAAACAAUGAUAAACUCCAGCUUGUUUUUCUAAAGACAAUGCGAGUCUUUGGACUGGAACGACUGUUUGGUUGUUUUGUUAUUGUCGGCUACUCAUUUCCGGAGGAGCGGUCACGCGCGUCUAAUUAGGGGGUGUUUCUCAUUUUCACAAUGUUUUCGGGCAGGCGUUUUCUCUUCUCUCUCACCGCCCCCUCACCGCCCCCUCCUCGCUCCCCUUGACUCGCCCCAUCUCCUCCUCUCAUCGGGAAGUUUCAACAUGGCGCUUUCGCGAGCAAAUUGCGCGCACAGAGAAAACGCCUGCACUGCAGGCUACUGAAACCUCUGGAAACUAUUAACCAAGGAAUCUUUUUCCUUGCUCAUGUCUAUUCCUGUAAAAAAAUCAUUGUAGUCCUAGAAGUAUUUUUUUUCCAUUGGUUACCAUACCAAUUUUCCAGAUUUAUCCUCAUUUAUACAUAUUUUCUUAACUGACAACGACAUCAAUAGUAAUUGUAAAAUAAUAAUAAAAAAUUGUAAUAAUAAUAAUAAUGAUAAUAAUAAUAAUAAUAAUAAUAAUAAUAAUAAUAAUAAUAAUAAUAAUAAUAAUAAUAAAAAAACAUCGUGGGUCCACAUGCUAAGUAAGACCAGUGCAGAGUGCAGAGCUCAAACUUUGAAACGUGUAAUAAACACCCUAGAAAGCACCCAACUUGAUUUGUUUGUAUUAAUAUAUCAAUUCUAAACUCGGCUGACAUAUUUUAAACAUAUUGCAUGGUUUACACAAAGGUUGAUUAAAACGGUUACAUGAUUUUAAAGGAGAUGCAGUAAGCCAUUCUUUCUCAAUCGGAGCGUUGCGUAUGAUUGUGGAAAUUAGUGUUCUCCUGUUCCACCAUCGCUGUAUAGUAAUCUUUUUUAUUAUGAUCGUCAAUUGUAAACUUUCCUGCUUCCUUUUUAGCUCAGCUAGUGUCCAGUUGGAGCUUGUCUCUUGAUAACAAAACAGCAACCAGCAUGCAAGUUUCUUGGAAAAAUCUAUCAGCAUUGCUGACCCAAAGCGUUCUUCACUAUAUAACUGUCAUAAAAAGUAGCGAUGGAAGCAUCGUGAAUGGAAAUAUCCUGCAAGGAAACACCACAUCUGAUGUUUUCUAUGGGCUGUCGCCAUAUAUGGAAUAUCGACUCAAUGUUCUUGGUGUAAAUGGUAACGGAAAAGCUUACAAGAGUUCAGAGGCCACAGGGUGGACUGAGGAAUCGGGUAUAUUCAAAAAAAUAUAUUAUUGUUAGCCAUGCCUGUCAAAGCCCAGUUUCUAAACCAUUUCCAAAAGGCCUUCCACGAGUUGCCUUAAGCUUCUUUUUCAAAACGAGGCUAAAUGCAAAGCCAUUGUUGUUAUUUUAUUGAAAAUAAAAAUCCUUUUCGCAGCAAAGAUUUUGCACUAAGCCUCGUUUUGAUAGUGAGAGUUUUCCGAUCUCUUAAAUGGCCUAUUAAUCCUCGACAUCAAUCUCUUGUUGUAAAUGUUAGAUAAGGUCUUUUAAAAUGGAUAUCACCUCAAAAUUGAUAAAAUUUGGAGGAAUUCUACGAGCUUCCAGCUUAAAAACGAGGUACAAUUUGCGUGAAUCGGAUAAAACUUGCGAACUUUACGCUCGGUUAACAGAGUACGACAUUUGUCUAUUUGAGCAGCUUUUAACCACGAGUUCGGGUAGAUAGUCCCCUGGGUCGAGUGAGACGAUGACGUAUUUUGAGGCAUUGUUCUUAGCUCCGCCUCGCUUUGUUGUAGCUUCUGCCUUGACUCCUGUUCUAUCGCUCUCUGUCUCUCUUCCUAUUGUACUAUUGGAAAAACUGUUGCCUGGCCCAAAGGCUCGUCCGCGUAAGGAAUUGCAACAUCGUCAUAUUCAGCUUCUCCUCUCGCUCACGAAUUACAUUUGGUCAUAAUUUUCAACUUUUUCUUGGACGUUUUACUGGAUAUUCGGUAAAAACCCAGGAAUAAAAUUUCAUCCCAAUUCGUCAGAAUCGACACUUGAUAUGCUUUAAGAGUGAGGCAUCUUAUUUAGCUGGGAAGAUGGUGGUUCAACUAAGACUAAGCAACGACGAGAGCAACGAGAACAGCAAAGAAACAAUUAAUAGGUUUUGAUUAGUUAAACGAUAGUUUUGCAAGUGCAUCACGUUUUUUUUUGUACAUUUCUUUGCCGUCGUUGCACGACCACGACGUGAAACAGAUUCCCUAAUUCCUUUUUUAAACCUAGAUACACUCCUUUGGAAAAUAGCUCCACAAAAAUUCACCAACAUUUGACAAAUUGAACGAAAUGUGACAUGGAAAAAGAAUGAUGAAUAUUUGAACAACGUGGAUUCACUGUUUAAGAGACCCAAUCCCACAAGACGUGGAAGUCUGACAUGCGCACUGGGCAUUUUAAGGAGAACAAUGCCUCAGAAUACGUCACCCGCCCCAGGUCCAAAAUGUCACGGCCUAAGAUAUUAAUCCAACAUAUUUAAAAGUCAGUAAAAAAUUCAGAUCUAUUUAAAAUCAAAAACAAUCUGAGGCAACGUUUAUUAGAAGUUUAUUAUUAUUGUUAUUAUUAUUAUUAUUAUUAUUAUUAUUAUUAUUAUUAUUUUAUUCUAUGUCAAAACAAAUUUGGGGUGAAAUGCACUUUUAAAACUCUUUCGGUGCGGAUGUCGAGCAUUCUCGACACGCGUUUUCGAGUUCCCCAGUGCGAAUGUCGAGUCUUCUUGACAUUGUAAACAAUCCCAGAGUACCUUUCAGAAAUGCAGUCUAUAUGGGGAUCUAUUCAAUGGAAUUGCCGCCAUACCAGUAGAUGCAGUGAACGUGACUAGUUCUGACAUUUAUUGAUGGUCAACUAACGGCUGAGGCGAAAUUUUUGUGGAGGUUCGUAUUUCAGUCCGAGAAAAGAAGAAACGUGACAUCGACGCCAUGUUAAUUUUCCGUCGCAUCAUUAUGUCAAGGUUUUCUUUAAAUUUCGAAGUUCAUUUUAACAAGUACAGUCGUAAAGAAAGGCGUUGGAAGAAGUCACAUUUAUAAAGUUGCGAUUCAAGGCAAAGGUAAGCAUUUAUUUUAUCUUUUUGGCUGUGUUUUUAAUUAGAGGGAAUUGAAUAAGCACAUUCCUGAGUUGUUAGUUUGUACGUGCAAUUGUAAAAUUCACCCCGUGAUAAAUAUGCCGUUGCAUUAGCUGAAUGAAUUAUAUUCUGCGAUAUAGCAGCAGGGAAAGCUUGUCUAUUGAAGAAAAUAAUCUUCCUUAGUUCUUUUGAACGGCUAUAGUGCCUUAAUUGGCCAGAAAGUUACUGUAAUGUAUUGUUUACACUCUGGGAACUUUAAAAAUGGCGUCAAAGCAUAUCAUGCGUAAGAGUGUGACUAGAUGACGUUUUGGAAGCUGUUCUGGCAGGUUCUGACUCCGACGUCGAUGAUGCAAAAUGUGAAUAGAGCGAUGGUGUUUUAAAAGAGAGCGAGUCAUUGAGUUUUCGUGACCAUGGUGAGGUUUCGGAUGAAUCUAUGAAUGUGGAAACUGAAGACGCCAUGGCGGCUUCUCCUGCUUGUUCUCCUCCAAGGAUAGACAACUUGUUUAGGAAGACGCGGCUUUCUAUAACGAUUUAGAUCAAAGCUGGAUUCCCCGUUUCUUAAAAGAACCAGUGUUAUGGUGGAAACUGCUGAUUUUGGGCCUGUAGAUGAUUUCAAGCUCUUCUUUCCUGACAAUCUCUUUACUCUUUUUAAUACUUGUGAGCAAACAAACCUAUUUGCUGAACGGUUCUUUGACAAUCCAGUAGAUUGUAGUGAACAUAGUGAGCUCCUAUUAUAAAUUUUCAGCGUUUGUUUAUUUUUUUUUUUCAGAUAGUGGUGCCAAGGAAGUGCCGCCCUUAAAAACUGCUGUUGUUAUGACAACCAAGGCUGUCAUGUGACAAAUCAUGUGACUAAUUAGGUCAAGCAUCACAUGUGAUGUGCCCUAUUUAAUUUUCGUUGACAAUUGUAAAUGUCAUGACGAUAUUUAAAAUAGAAGAGGAGAAGUCAGAUUACCAGAAAGGGCUUCAAAAUGCAAAUAAUGAAGAAAAUCAACAGUAGUACUUAGCGUUGCCAUUGACCAGAAAUGUCACUGCUGUUCUAAAAAUCUUGAUUUUACCACUUGAUCGCUUUGUUUAGGGUCUGCUUGUGUUGUUUUCUUUACAUGUUCAUUAGAUUUAAAUAUGUCUUUUAUAAGAAUGGCAGCAGGAGAUCACCAUGCUUAAAAAUAAUAUGCUACCUAUGUGACUUUCCAUAUGAUUUCGUGACAGGUCAUGUGACUAAUUAGGUCAAACAUCACAUGUACUGAUGCGUAAUUUGAUUUUCUCUGACACCUGUAAAAGCAAAGAGGAAAUUGAUUAUAGGCUAGCAGUAAUCUCAGAUUAGGAAGUGCGUUCGAGCUUUUUUAGGUUUACUGUCAAAUGUGACGUUAUUUCCUAAUAAAUUGAUGUUGCAAAACGGUUCCUAUAUGUUUUUUUUUUUAAAGAAACAAAACGACUACAAAAAAAAGAAGUUGAACCCGAGGACCUUCGACGUGUAACGUGUAAAGGAACCUGGCAUCCUCAGUGUGAAUAGGGCUUAAGCACGUAUCAAACCAUGGGAUGUCUUUGGCGCCAUCCAAUAUGGCUUCGGCCUAUCGUGGUAGAGCUUUUGUGCAAAUGAACAUUAUAAAUGUUGUCAGGUGUAGAGGUGUAUCGAUGCAAAAAAACAACAAAAAAAAGGUUAGGGCGUAGAUAUCAAAAGAUGAUUGUUGAUUUCACAUAUUCUUGUUUAAGGUAGGUUUCAAAACGCCUGAAAAUCAACGAGAAGAACUUGCAAAAAAUGAAAUAAAAUUUUCAAAAAUAAAAACCGUCGGCGUUGUUGUAAAAGCAAGACGGAUAGUGCAGCGAUAGAACGAAGAUUAAACCUGUGGAGGCAAGGGGAUUUAGAUCUCUUGCUAAAAGAGGUUUGAUUCCUCCAAAGGAAAGUUUGUGAAUUCGAAAAAGGCUAGGACAGUUGAGGACAUGUCCAAAGUUUUUGCGAAACUAGUUUGCCAAGGAAAGCUCAAGGCUGACGGCAAGGUUUUGAGAGAAGAACAAGAAAUCUGUUAAAGAUAGCUUACCAUCCAUCCUUGCUGAAGGGCUAUACCUCUUGCUGACUCAUCCCCUUAGACAAAAACCCUGGAAUACGACCUAUUCGUGUUGGUGAGGUCCUGAGGCGAAUUGUUGGAAAAACUAUUCCUGGUUUUUUGAAGAAAGAGAUCAAAGAGGCAGCAGGUCCCCUUCAGGUUUGCGCAGGCCAUAGCGCAAGCUCAGUUGCCGCGAUACAUGCUGUGCGUCAAGUGUUUGUAGAGGAAGGAACAGAUGGUAUUUUACAGAUAGAUGCAAACAACGCCUUUAAUCAAAUAAACAGAUCCGUCGCCUUACAUAACAUCCAGGUAACCUGCAAGGAAAUGUCACUUUACAUCAUUAACACCUAUAGGAGCCCCUCGAGGCUCUUUAUUUGCGGCGGACGUGAGAUAUUAUCACAGGAGGGUACGAAGCAGGGGGAUCCCUUGGCCAUGCCCUGGUACUCGAUCAAUUCAUCUAUCAUUAAUAAGAGCUUAAGGACAAGCACAUCAGGUGUUAAACAAGUAUGGCUAACCGUCGACUCUGCGGGGGGUAGACAAAUUGUGCCGUUGUAUAACUGGUACAAUCACCUGAGUCAGGAAGGAAAGAAGUUUGGUUAUCUAGUGAAUGGAUCAAAGAGCUGGCUGAUUGUCAAGUCGGACGUACUUGCAGAUGAGGCAAAGAGGGUGUUUGGAGAUGAGGUCAAUGUUACAACUGAAGGUCAGCGCCACUUAGGGGCCUUCAUCGGAUCUCAAGAGUUCAAAGAUCAAUAUUGUCGGGAAAAGAUCCUUAGAUGGAAUGGAGAACUCGAAGCACUAUCUGAGAUAGCAAGGAGCCAGCCUCAUGCAGCCUACACUGUUUUCUCGAAGGGUUACAAAUCCAAGUUUACCUAUUUCAUGCGCACAAUAGAGUCGUUUGAAGAUUACGUUGACACUAUCCAAGAGGCGAUGGACGACUUACUUCUCGCAACACUAUUCGGUCAAACGGAGCCCCUCCCUAGUGAUCUGCGUCAGCUCGCUACUUUGACACCCGCUCAAGGGAGGCUAGAAGUACCCUGCUUGGGGUUUGAAGCUCCACAGCAGUUUGCUGCUUCUACGUGAAUAACGGCACCACACGUAGGUUCUAUUACCACACAGAGCAUGUUCAUGGUGGCAGGCGAGAAUUCCACGGAGGAGUUAAAAAGACAACAUCAAGCCUGAAAACUGCGUUAGUGAAAUCGAGAAUGGAAAGUGUUGAUUCCCCUCUACCCUCGGAUCUGCUGCGGUCAGUUAACCAAUCGAGAGACAAGGGUGCGAGCUCAUGGCUUACCGCAGUGCCUCUUGUCAGUCAAGGCUUAGUGCUGAAUAAACAGGAAUUCAGAGACUCUUCUGCGUUUAAGUUAUAAUAUAUGCCCCUGUCCGACUUAUCAAGCAAGUUUGUUUGUGGUGAGAAGUAUACCGUCUGCCAUGCCCUGUCAUGCAAAAAAGGAGGUUUCGUGGGGCAGAGACACGAUGGUGUUCGCAACCUACUUACCUCACUUAUUGGUAAGGUUUGCACCAACGUUGAAGUCGAACCACAACUACAACCUCUCGAUAAUGAGCGAUUCUACCUCAGAACCGCGGUAAAAGGCUAAGCCCGGAGGCAAGACUGGACUUUAAGGCAUGCGGCUUUUGGUCUCGUGGAGUUACAGCAUUUUUUGAUGUCAGAGUAACGCAUGUUAACUCUAAGUGCAACAAGGGAAAGAAACGUCCACAAUCUUUAAGGAACAGGAGGAGCAGAAAAAGCGGAAGUACAACAGAGGGUGCUGGACGUUGAAAUGGGAUCUUCCACUCCGCUAAUUUAUUUUAACCAAAGGUGGGAUGGGAGCCGACUGCAACUGCUUUCUCAAACGCCUAGCCAAGAAGCUCAGAAAAGAAUGAGGAACCUUAUGACAUUACUAUUACUUGGAUUAGAACAUCGCUUUCUUUGAGAUUUUAAGAUCCGUACACACAUGCCUAAGAGGUUCUAGGACACCCUUCCACAAAAUUCCACAAGGAGAUUUCGUUGAUGACUGCCGCUUAAACGCCACCCAAGCGUGUGUGAUAAUGGCGUGAGCUCGUUAAUUUAGUUUAGAUGUUGAAAUGAACCGUUCUUUUGUUUGUUUGUUUGCUUUGUUUUAAUGGAGUUUUUUCCCGAAUAUAUAAUAUAUUUUUAAUGGGAUGAAUUUUUUCAAUCGAAAUUAAGUGUGUGCAUGUCCUUUUUUUUUUUUUUUAAUCGAAAGGAAUAAUAUAUUAAAUAGUGCUUUGCCUGAAUAGUUUUUUAAAUAAAAUUAAUUGCAAAUGGGAUUUUAUAGUUAGCUUUGCUAUCAAUAAAAGGUUUGGGUUUUACUAUUAUUAUUAUUAUUAUUAUUAUUAUUAUUAUUAUUAUUAUUAUUAUUAUUAUUAUUAUUAUUAUUAUUAUCAUUUCAAGUGAUACACUGUAUAAAGUUUAUUUAACAAUUAAUGAAUGAGGCUGAGUAUCUUAUGAAGAAUUAUGGAGAUCGAGGAGGCGGCCGAGAUGGAUAACAUAAUUCUUCAUAUGAUACAAAAGCCACAUUCAAUAAUUUUUUUUAUUCAUUCAAAAUAAUUCCCAGUUUAAAAACAUGGCUAAAACAAGCUUACCUGCAUUGAUGUUAAGUUUAUCUUUGAUAGUCUACGUUUAGGUUUGUCCAGCUCCGCAAAUAUUCUCCAAGUAUCAGAUGUCACCCUCCGAGUUGUCUUCUUGCUAUUUUUUGCCAUGUUUUUAGCCAUUAUUUCGCCUAGUUCCAGCUGUAGUUCUUACUCUUGAAACGAGUGAAAUGUCCGCCAUUUUAGUUUUUACAACGAAAACAACUCAAUCUCGUCCCCAGGUCUUCUCGGUUAACGGUGCAUUAACUUGCAGACGGCUGCAUUUUUGACGUCAUUUCCUCGUUAAACACAGAAUUCUUCCAAAUUUGGUCAUCAGUAACUGGUUAUGGUGAAUUAUGCGUGUGCUUUUAGCCAAUCAGAAUUGGAGAAAUAUUUUGGAUGAAUAAUAAAUGAAGUUAACUUAUACGACGAAGUCACUGUUCGAAGUUGUCCGCUAUAGUGAGAAGUGAUUCCAUUUGCUCUUAUUUAUAUGGAUGGAUAAAAAUUGAUCGCUAUUUUUGAUAUACAAAUCAUGUCCAUGGCCAGUGACAUACAAAUCAUGUCAAAGAGUAAGUAAAAUAAUCUAUUACAGCUGAUUCUUAAGUCGCGGCACAAGCCGAUUAAUAAAAUAGAUUUACAAGAGAGAUAAGAAUUGCUCUUGCUGAAAAGAAAACAACAAGUUAAUAACAGCCUGUAAACCAUUCAGCUAAAACGUAUGUCAUGUUAGGCCCCUUUCAAACGUGGAAUUUCGUAUGAGUGCCGAACACCUAUUUUAGUCGAUGAAAGUAAUUAAAAACGGUAGUUGAUUCAGAUGUCGGAUAUGAUAAUACGGAAUUUAACUCCGUUCAUUGUAAAUAUUCCCAGUUUGUAGGGAAUUUUUUUAUCCAAUAUGGAUAAAGGUUUCUAUAAUUAAUGCAUUAUAUUUGGCACAUGUGAAAUGCUACGAUUGAGCUGGGUAAUGAUAACAGUGUCCAUUAUUACUAAAAUACCGGUAGAUACGCUAUGAUACAUACCACAGUUUUUAUAUUCCUGCAACCCUUGUUUUCAAUUUACCACAUUAUGUUACUAGCUAUAUGCACCACACAGGUAAAAAAGAGAGUAAAAAAGAGAUUUUGAAAAAAAAGAAAAAAAAAAAAAAAAAACGUUACGAAAAAUUGACAGCAAGGGGGUUCGAACCCGGACCCUCUGACCCAGUAACAAUUACACGUUCACGCCUCUGUCCACUAGACCAUCGCGGUAAACUCUUACUUAUUUUUUUGUCAGUUUUCAAAGUUGAUUUUUCGUUUUUGUUUUUAAUUUCCGUGUAGAAUUAACACUUUACCCACCCAACUCUAACCUAGAUUUAAAAAAAAAAAAAAAAAAAAAAAAAAAAACGUUACGAAAAAUUGACUGCAAGGGGGUUCGAACCCGGACCCUCUGAGUCAGUAACAAUUACACGUUCACGCCUCUGUCCACUAGACCAUCGCGGUAAACACUUACAGACUUGAUUGACAGUUUUCAAAGAUGACUUUUCGUUUUUGCUUUUAAUUUCCGUGUAGAAUUAAAUCUUUCACCGACCGAAGCUAGACGUAAAGCUCACAAUAAGCCCAUUAACACUCUUUCAGGCUUGGUCCUUGCCGGAGAACGUUUAAGAAAUUUAUGAACUAUCAAUCGCGCGGCUACCGACUGAACCGUAUGACCGUAGGAUACUCCCCCUGCUUGUGAGGUGUCCUUUCAUCGGCCGGGAAAAAACAUCAACACAACAUUGUUCAUCAUUAUUUCCAUUGCUUUAAGUUAGGGUAGCAAACCAUUUGGCUUUUAGGAUUAGAAGAGCUGCUACAUGACCUCUCUACCCGGAAUGAUGAAAAACAAUAAGGCCGUCAAAUACAUCCUUUUAAUUUUGAAAGUUCUCCUUUAUUAACAGACGUUGAACAUUUAUUUCGACAAACAAACAGUUAAGUUGAAAAAUAAUUUUACAAAAGUCUCAAAAGAAGGUCUUCUUUUCGAUUUUAAUUUGCAAUAUCGGUCAAUUUAUGCAACUUUUAAACUUCUGGCUCAGUUUUCGCUUGCUUCUACUUUGAAAAUGGAAUAACAAUUACUCAGGGGUAAUACAGUGUAAAGAUUUGUAGAGAAAAACAACAAAAACUUGCCAAUUUAUGGCGAAAAUGUACUUUAAAAACAAACUAAAAUAUUCAAAACGCUCUGAUCACGUGACUGAUGACGUCAUGUCCCUCUUUUGGUCAAGAGAAAAAUUAUCAGGUAGAGCAUUACUUUCCUGCAAAUUUUCUCUGCCGUGUACGUGUGAUGAAACGUCAAUUCUCCACAGCCCUCGGCCUAGUCUCCCGACUUAUUCGCUCAUGUCCAUUACCCUCUUAAAUUUUAAAUGCCGGACGUAAACUGUUUUUUUUUUUAAAUGCCUCGCACUACCAAAACCUCAAAUAUGCUAUUUGUUUUUAACUCGAUAAUGAAAUCUUGUCACAGCAACAAAAAAAAUCGGAAAAAGUCACGUGACUAAUGAUGUCAUCACCCUGUAUGUGAUAUGGGAAGAUAUUUUAUGGCAAGUGUUAUCUUGUUGUGGUCUGACAUUCUUCUACGUAUAAAAUUGUCAAAGCUAUAAAGCUUUAAAAACAUUGCCUCAAAGGAUUCUGGGAUAAUUUUUUAUGAUAAAUAUAACUUACUUUUAUAAUUAUUAUUGCUAUUAUUAUUCCUAUUAUCAUCAUCAUCAUCGUCAUUAUUAUUAUCAUUAUUAUUAUUCAACAAUAUUAACUGAGCCUGAGGUGAAUAAUUGUUUUAGUAUAUUCACACGAAGUGAUCUCAACAGAAUCAGAAAGGAAACCAUUAAAAAACAAUUAGUUUGAUUGACGGGUGAAUUCAUGCGUCAACACGAAGCCGUAAACAGUGGAUGUGCAAAAUUUAGCUCUUUACAGUAUCUUCAAGCAUGGCAAAUGAUAGUUUUAAUCUUUUUGUAUCGAGUUUUGUAAGCUUUAGCAUCAAUAGUUUAAAAGAAAAUGCCGAAAAUUUAAAUUACUACCCAAUUCUGAGAAGAAAAGUAGAGCUUUAUUUGUUUCUGUCAUCUCACUGUGAAUGAGAAAGUUUUCUUCGUCGCUUCUUGCAAAUGCCUUCAACAGCGGCUACGAUCAAGGCGAGCGUUGUUUAUCUCCAAAGUUCUUUGCUUUGUUAACUUGCUGGCACGUACUAUUUUCGAAAAUAUUUGCCUUCCUCUUUUCUCCAUAUAUUAACUUCUAUUUAUAAGCAAAAUUGGUCUUGCGAAAACAAAACAGUGUCAAAGCGACAUCGUUUUCCUCUGUAGUGGUACACAUGGCUUCGAGCGUACAAAAAGUCAGCUACAGUAAACCACUUCACAAUAAAACACGCUGUUUAAACACCAUGAAGUCUUUUCUUGCCUUCAAAGUCAUCAGCACUUGGAUAUUCGUGUAUAUUUGCAAAAAGGCUUUACUAUGAAACUUUGGGAAAACACGUAUUUCACGACAGCGAUUUUGUUCUGCUUUAUAUUCACCGUCUUGCGCGGUGAAUAUAACGUCAUUGUCCGAGAUAUCUAACCAAUCAGAUUCUUUGAAUUACCAAGAUCACUGAGUGUGUAUAUACUAAUAUUAUUUAGUACAUUUUUAGGGUGCCAACGGUGGAAAACUUUUAAUGAGAAGUUUAAAAAUGCAAAUGUCCCCCCGUGUAACAACUUUAAAUGUUGUAUUUCUCUCUAGCUCCUGGUAGUGCUCCUAGAAAUAUAACCUUCUCUGAAGUAACAACAACACAGUUCAAGGUUACUUGGAAUACUCUUCCUCAGAGGUUUCACAAUGGCCGAUUGUUGGGCUAUAGAGUUUACUUCAGGAGGAGCGCCUAUUAUCCAUAUCCAUUUAAUACAAGUGGUGUAGUCACCAGCAGUCCUAAUGUGACCUUAGCAUUGAUAACAGGGCUAGGACCGGCUCAGCGAUAUGAUGUUUCUGUGGCGGCGUUUACAGCCAAGGGCGAAGGGCCGCGUUCUUCUCGUUACUAUGUUACAACAGGUAAAAUAUUAUGAAAAAUGUUAAUUUUGAUGUUAAGAUAACGUUUUAUUCCGCAACAGUGGCUGCAUACAUCAAAAGAGAGUGUAAGAAAAAAAAGAAAAAAAAAAAGAAUGCAAAAUAAACGAAAAAGAAAGACAUUGGUACUCCCCCAAAACUUCACAUGAUCUCCCGCCCCUUUGGGUUCCCAAAGAGUGUACACAUUUGAAACAACGGCCUUUUUCCCUACUCGGUAACCAUCUGCUGUUAUAUAUACAUUUGAGCAGCGAUAAUGAAUCAUGAAAUGAUCAAUUCUGAAAUAAACUGUGCAGAAUUAAAAGAGCUCUGUAUUGUAUCUUACAUGUAGGUGAUAAAGGUCCGUACUGGACCUUUUUGGAAUUUUGUCUAUUCGUGUCCGUUGCGAAAAUGUUGAAAUGUUUAGACAUGGCAUGCUCUCAACAAUUUUGGCAUUCCUUCUACAAAUUAAUGUCAGUCGGGAUAAAGUUCAAGAUCGAAGGCGAUAUAACAGAGAGUUAUUUAACGAAAAAUGAUACUAAAUUUUGACAUUGGUGUCAGUUAAAAGUAAAAAACGUCUUCGUUUACUUGCCGUCCAAUAAAAUAUUCAAGAAGAUCCUUGCAUACACAUAAAUAAUAAUACGUACACACAAUAACCAAAAGUAUAAAUAAUCGUUAUGGCGACCUAACCAAAGUAGUCCCAUCUCGUUUUUAAAUUUUCAGGUGAAUACAUUGACAUAUUGAUAUGGGAUCAAACAACAAUCGUGAUAAUUAUUGACAAAUACUGGCAUUAAGUUCCCUGAAAUUUGAAAAUAAGCAAUACAUACAAUUGUUCUCCUCUCUAGUGGUUGUGAAAUAUUAUUCACUUUAGAUGAUAGAGUCACCUUGUAAAAGUGUAUCCCCAGUGCUUUUAUCCAGCGCUAAAAGCGCGAACUCCUAGGAAUAGUCUUCAACAUUAUCUCACUAUUGGUAUUUUGUUUCCUAAUCGUCGAGUCUUAACAGCUUGCAGGGUAGCGGUCAAUCAAUCAUAUGGUGCUAUAAGUGUGACACAUUCCGAUUACACAAGUCUAUACUGCUUCUGGUCAAUCGGGAAUGCCGAGAUCCCUCAGGCAAUUGGUCUCUUUCUAAUCCAGGAGAUCACUUUUGGUUACUGCAGGUAUUCAUUUUUAUUGUUACUUUACUAAAUCCCAUGCGACUCAGUGCCAGUGUUGGGGACCAUAUUAAUCAUGAUUGAAUUCUGGAGGGAAGGAAACGCUUUUAAGUGGUUUAAAAACCUUGGUUAAUUGCAAGACCUUAUAAGUUUGGCUAGUAGUACAGCCUUUAAUGUUGUUAUUCAGUUUGAGUAGCUUUUAAUAUGUGCUGAAUUGGACUAAGAGGUAAGUAAGAGGAGCAGUAAAACGGGACAUGAAAGUUCAUAGAUUAUCUACUUCGAGUGCUUGUCCGUGAACAUACUUUCAUAUCUUGUAAAGAAAAUGAGCAGGAAUAAAUUCUGUUAACGACCUGAUACAUAUUCUGUCACGUAGAUAUUACAGCCGUGAAUAUUUCAAGAUUUUUGACGGCAAUGAGGCUCUAAAAUUUCACCAAAGCGGCUGCUCCUCCCACUUUGUUCGUGGAUCAAUGGUAGAGGUUCCGUUCUUUUACUCAAACAACAUAACAGCACGUUUCUACUUACGUCGAUUGAGAAGUGCUAUCAAGGCUGAUUACCUGAUACUGGGGAAAAGCCUUCAUGCAGGUAAACCCCAAUAUCGAUCAAUUGCAUGUCAAAAAACUCAUCAAUUCCAGCACUUACUUUGGCUUCAUUGCCUUCAAAGCCCUUAUAGUAUACGGAGCCAACUUCUCUUCGAAAUGACAGGGUCGGUCGGUCAAUUCUCACUUUUGUUAAGGGUCCUGACAUAAUACAUCACUUAAAAGCAAGAAAAAAGAGAGUUAAUCAUGCGGUAACUGUACAUAUUUUGAGGAAAGAUUACAGCAACUUCAUCAUAUAUACUGUCUGUUUUACCUUCUUAUUUCUUAAAAUAUGGUUUGACGCUAGUUUCCCGUAGGCAGUAGUUUCCCUUUAGUUCAAUUUGAUGCUUACUUGGCCAAGUAGACUUUUACUUUGAAGGAUUUUUCUACCUCUUUUUCUCGUUGUGAAUAAUUACCACCUCUUAAGCUACGUACAACUUUUGACCGAUUUCAAACUUUGCGCAACAACUGCCAUUAACACGCAACAGCAUGCAACACAGGGUUUGCAAACGGACGCACCAUGUAACAUUCAGCAAUGUUGGAAGUUGUUGGACAACAACGUUGCGUCUGUUUGCAAGGGGCUUUAGGUGACAAUUUGUUUGAUUAUUAAUUUGGUUAAUUAUUUCGUAUAUUUAGCUCAAGUGCUUUAUGGCUGGAAUUUAACAGUGGUGAAAACCACCUUUUCAAGCAUAUUGAUUCGGUGGGUUAACCUUACCAGCCUUCUCAACCGUAAAGUUGGUCAAUACGUUGUCUUCUUAAACAGAAGAAAUAAGAGUGUAGCAUUCCAUCAGGUUGUCAAUGGGGAUCAAUUAACAGCGGAAAUCAGCGGACUCACUCAUUUAACAAAUUAUACAGUGGAAGUCGUUGGGAUUGACACUCUGCGGAAGCCAUACAAAACUCCAUCAGAAGCAAUCAUGACGGCAAACCGUAAGAGUAAGUACUUUAUGUAGGGUACCGUAAGUGAGGAAACGCCGCGAUUUUUCUAUAUACAUGGCUAUAUAUGGUAAUACAUAGCAGUACAUGGUAAUACAUGGUUAUAGAUUGCAAUACAUGGCAAUACAUUCUAAUACAUGGCAAUACAUGGCCAUAUAUGGUAAUAAAUAGCAGUACAUGGUAAUACAUUGUUGUACAUGGUAAUACAUGGCAAUACAUGCCUGUACAUAGCAGUACAUGGUAAUACAUGGUUAUACAUAGCAAUACAUGGCAAUACAUGCUAAUACAUGGCAAUACAUGGCCAUAUAUGGUAAUAAAUAGCAGUACAUGGUAAUACAUUGUUGUACAUGGUAAUACAUGGCAAUACAUGCCUGUACAUAGCAAAACAUGGUAAUACAUGUUCCUCUUAUUGUUCCUCUUAAAAUCGGAUUUGGAUUUUCCCAAAAAACGCACCCUAAGUAAUUUAAGAGAAAAAUAAUUUGCAAAGAGUCCAAGAGUGAAACAAAUCUUACGUCGAGUUUAUAGCCUUAUAUGUUCACCCAAAAAAUAGCAAUAGAUUACAGUCAAGAGCAUAAAAGUAUCAAUGGCUCUAGAUCACAAUAAGCCUGGAAAACAAAUUCUUCCCAAACAGAAUAACCCAGUCAUCCACCUACACCACCUUUACCUGUACUUAAUAAGGUUAAUUGGACAGCACCGAAAUUUGAUUUGUGCUGGUCCUUGUUGGCAGCCUAUUUACGCGUUGUAAUUUAUAGGUUACAGGGGCGUAGCCAGCUUUUCGACUAGUUGUUGGCCUGCACGGUCCUCACCAACACGUUGACCUCUUAUGCUUUUUUAGCUGUUUAACUGUGACAUAAGACGAAUCGAAACGCACCAAUUACUGAUUACGAGUCUACAUAGCCAAUAACAUCACGGCUUAACUGACAGACAACAUCGCGACGUAAUUUACCAAUCAGGUCAAUAACCAGACUAUAAUACCAUCAACUGACGUGAUUCAACUCACUUUGACUCUGUAGAUGACUACCGCACAAGUUGACCUAAUUUGACCUAAUCCGGUUUUAAUUUUUCAAAUCAACUUCCCUUAAAUGCUCACAGCAUAGGGUUGAUUGUUUCUAUCAAACAUAUUUUAAACUGGUUUAAGAUCUUGUACCCUUUGCCAUUACAGAAAGGCUGUAGACAGUAUCUGCAACGGGAAAAAACGGACAGACAUUUCACUUACCCAUAUUUUUCUUGGAUCUCAGGUCUGAGACUGGUUGGGGGAUCUGGAAGCUGGGAAGGAAGAGUUGAAGUGCUUUAUAAUAACAUCUGGGGAACAGUUUGUGAUGACUCCUGGGAUUUACGUGACGCGCAUGUUGUUUGUCGUCAGCUUGGAUUUGCACGUGCGUUAAGUGCUCUAGGGUCUUCCCGAUUCGGCGCAGGAAGAGGUCAAAUUUGGCUGGAUGAUGUUGCAUGCUCGGGAAAUGAAAGUUCUUUAGUCUAUUGUCGGCACAGGAGAUGGGGUAUCCAUAACUGCGGUCAUCAUGAAGAUGCAUCGGUGAUAUGCUCUAGAGGUGCGUUGUACGUGACAAUAAUUAAGACUAAUAUUAUGUGCAUUUCGGUUAGUAAGGAACCGAUAGGGUUUCAGAGUAUCGUCAGGUAAAUGCUUUAGAAAACUGAUAAGGUAAAUGUUAGUUGGAAGUACAUAAUCAAUAUUGUGGAAGAUACAUUAGUAAUAGAGUUAAAGAAAAAGAUCUAGUGCGUUCUUAUGAUUGUGUCUGUCUGUAUUUUUGUUAGCGGAUAAGUAGCCAGCGACCGCAUGAACCUCGAAGUCGUGAUUAAUUAACAAAGCAAGCAACUUCUCUAUACCAACAGAACCAUCAACGUCCGUGCCAUGGAAAACAUGCAACUUUGACUAUGGAUUGUGUAAUGGAUGGAGUCAGUCUCGCUCAGACAAAUUUGACUGGAUACGCCAAAGAGGAAGCACCUCAUCUUCAAAUACGGGGCCUUCAUCAGAUCACACUACUGGAAAUGGUACAUGAAAUUACAAUGUAAAUAAUUUCACAAGGGGGCUCUGUCUUCUGAGGUAACAGAUCAUGAAGAUGUAAAACAAAAUGUCGUUAU